AUGAAUAACAAUAACUGGUUAGGCUUCUCUCUGUCUCCUCAUGACCACAAUCACCACCAUACGGAAGUCGACUCCUCCACCACCACAACCGCCGUAGAUGUCGCCGGAGAGUACUGUUUCGAUCUGGCCGCUGCCUCUGACGAGUCUUCAGCCGUUCAAACAUCGUUUCCUUCUCCCUUUGGUGUCGUCCUCGAUGCCUUCACCAGAGACAACAAUAGUCACUCCCGAGAUUGGGACACCAAUGGUGGUGCAUGCAGCAACAUCCACAAUAAUGACCAAAAUGGACCAAAGCUUGAGAAUUUCUUCGGACGCACCAGCACGGUUUACAAUACCAACGAGAAUGUUGGAGAUGGAAGUGCCGGUUGUGGAGGAGGAGACGGCAGUGGUGGCGGCUCACUAGGCCUUUCGAUGAUAAAAACAUGGCUGAGUAAUCAACCGGUGGCUAAUGUUGAUCAUCAAGACAGUGGUAAUGGUGCACGAGGCUUGUCCCUCUCUAUGAACUCAUCCACUACUUGUGAUAGCAACAACUACAACAACAAUAGUGUCGUUGUCCAAGAGAAGACCGUUCCUGAUGUUGUCCAAGCUACACCGAAGAAAACUAUCGAGAGUUUUGGACAAAGGACGUCUAUAUACCGCGGGGUUACAAGGCAUCGGUGGACUGGAAGGUAUGAGGCACAUUUAUGGGAUAAUAGUUGCAAAAGAGAAGGCCAAACUCGCAAAGGAAGACAAGGUGGUUAUGAUAAAGAAGAAAAAGCAGCAAAGGCUUACGAUUUAGCCGCACUUAAGUAUUGGGGAACUACUACUACUACUAACUUCCCCAUGGGUGAGUAUGAGAAAGAGGUAGAAGAGAUGAAGCACAUGACGAGGCAAGAGUAUGUUGCUUCUCUGCGCAGGCAUCACCAACAUGGAAGAUGGCAAGCUAGGAUCGGAAGAGUCGCCGGUAACAAGGACCUCUACUUGGGAACUUUCGGCACACAAGAAGAGGCUGCAGAGGCUUACGACAUAGCAGCCAUUAAAUUCAGAGGAUUAAGCGCAGUGACGAACUUCGACAUGAAUAGAUACAACGUUAAAGCAAUCCUCGAUAGCCCGAGUCUUCCUAUCGGUAGUGCCGCGAAACGUCUCAAGGACGUUAGCCAUCACGUUCCAAGUAUGAUGAUCAGUAGCAACGUUUCAGAGAGUGAGAAUAACUCUACCGGUUGGCAAAACGCUGCGUUUCAACAUCAUCAGGGAAUGGAUUUGAGCUUAUUUCAGCAGCAGCACGGUGGUUAUUACAAUGGAGGAAACUUGUCAACAGCGAGUGCUAGGGCUUGUUUCAAACAAGAGGAGGAUCAACAACAUUUCUUGAGCAACUCGUCGAGUCUCAUGACUAAUAUCGACCAUCAUAGUCCGGCUUCGGAUGAUUCGGUUACUGUUUGUGGAAAUGUCGGUGGUUAUGGUGGCUAUCAAGGAUUUGCAAUCCCUUUUGGAACAUCGGUUGCUUGUGAUGCCUUCACUGCUCCUGAGAUUGCUUACAACGCAAGAAGCCAUUUUUAUUAUGCUCCGCAACUAGAGCGGAUUCAGCAUACGCCGGAAGGAGAUUUUCCAGUGCCGAUUUCGAAUAAUGUUGGUUACUUUCAUGGGGAAGGUGGUGGAGAAGGGGCUUCACCGUUUUCAGUUUGGAAUGACGCUUAG